AUGGCAGAGAAGGGUCUUCUGUUGCAGACUGGUGGUCUGCUGCAGGAUGGCAGCAGACUAGAGCUCUGCCUGAAAGCAUGGGCUCCAUGUCAAGGAGCGCCGUUGAGAUGGGAACUGCGCAGGUUGCUUCCGGCCUGCGGUUUUGAUCUUGCCAAGAGACCUUUGCACCAACGUCUAAACGCCCAAAAAUCUGACUGGCAGCAGCUGUUUGAGCAUUUUCUGCUAGAUUGGAAAGAUCAUUAUGGCGACAGUGCAAAUGCCGCCUUGCACAAGAGACAGCGCUUGGACGAUGUGGAUGUGGCAUCGCUUGAGCAAGAGUAUUGGGUAAGCACGGCUGGCAUGUUCGUCGUUCUUCUUCAAUGGUCCGAGAAUCGCAGAAGCAAAGAAGACCAGGAACGCAGUUCUCUUGUCAUGCGUUUGGUUCUGGAGAAAUGUUUGCGUGCACAGACAAGCCUGGGCAUGUUGGAGAUUCCAGCAGAGAUUGCGCAGAUGUGUUCCGCAGAGCCACUUGAGGGUGAACGUUGCGCAUGUGUGCGACGGUUUCUGGCGCAGAGUGCCGUGGAUGAAGUUGCGUGGCACGAAAACAUCUUGCGCAAGUUGCAGGAACUCUUUGUUGCUCGGAAAUGCGCAGCUCUGGCUACUCACAUGUCCGACGUGUUGAAGGUGCUCAGUCUGGCUGUCGACGAAAGGGCUACGGAAUGGGGCGAGCAUGCAUGGCAGAAAGGCGUGCAUGCAGCAGUCCCUGGUCCUACAAGACGUCGGCGGAUUGAUCCUCAUGUGAAAGCUUGGGUUGUGCAAGAAGCUGUGCAGCAGGGGCAGCAGCAGUCCAGCAGUGCUGCAGCCAAUGCAUUGGAACCUGGUGUAGGUGCUGGCCAACGACAGUGGCGAGAGAAAGAAAUGUCCUGCGUCAGAGCCGCCAUGCAUUUGAGCUUCGCCAACCCGCAGUCGCUGAGCCUAUGCUGGGACGGCAUGCGCUUGGGGAAUCCUGCCAAAGAAUACCUCCUGGAAUGCAAAGCUUUCGCUGCUGCGUAUCCGGGCUCCACAGAAGCGGCUGCCGGACGUGAGGGCGCUGACGGCGUCGAAGAUACGGCAGAGGCUGCAGUUUUUGAGCGGAUGCCCAAUCUUCAUUGGCUCCGCUCGUUGGACAAUGCUUUUCGCAAAGGUUUAGGCGUUGGGCUGUCGCAGUGGAUGCCAGGACGCCGACUGCAAAGCUUGAGUGUCGGCGCGAAACGCUACCUGGCAGAAGUGCAGCCUGCAGUGGGGCCACCUUGCAAGAGAAGCUGCAUCGAAGAUGCCAGCGGCCGCAGAUACUUUGAAUGUCCAAGGGAAGUCGUCCAGAACAAGCUGCAGAGACCAGUGCUUCAUAUGGUUUGCGACUUAGCACCCAUUGGUUGGCCAGCAGCCAAUUUUCUGGUGCAGUGCUUAGGCUUGAGAGGAACACUGGUCUUUGAUCUGCUUCACCGACGCGUUUGCGACAUAGAAGAUGGCAGAGCAGAGGCCGGGCUCCGUAUGCUCAAAACCGAGUACAACGUGGUGUUGAAGAUGCGGCAAGGACCGUUCCAGCAAUCCGGCCAUCACAGUGUUUUGAAAGACGCUGCAGCGGAAAUGUUCCGGGAAACAACUGCGGACAACAAUCUGUUAUUCGCAGUGCUCAGCGAUGCCAUUGCUGCUGAUUUCCAGAUGCAGAGCCAGACUCAGGGCACGGAGGAGCACACAGAGCUGGUCUGGAGGGCCGCUAAGCAGCUCCUCACGAAAGACUGCAAAGGCACAAACACCAAGACUUCAAGAUGGUUCAACUUCGAGCAGAACAGUCGAGCCUUUUUCCCGCAACUUCAUGCCAAUCUGCUGAACCUGCUGUAUGUGGGAACACGACGAAACUGGUGGAAGGGGUACUCAGACUGCCCACUCAAUGCUGCGGAUCUGGAGCAGUGCCGUGAAACCCAGGAGGAAGCAGAAGUCCGAGGAGAUGGUUUGGAAGCUUUGGAGCGCCCGCCAGAGGAAGCGGACGCUGCAGCUGUAGAUGCUGGCCCCUCGUCAAGCAGAGUUUCCACCUCGGAAGCUAAAAAGGUUCUGCAGCAGAAGCGUGCCAAGUGCGUGAACACACUGCAUUUCAGCGCGACAAGAUUGUCCAAGCCUCUCAACAUACGACUGUGGAAAGGCAUGGUCGACUUACCGCAGCCGCUGGAAGUGGAGUUUCACAAAUGGAUGUCUGCUCUGAAGACAAGGCGGGACACUCAGGCCCUGAUGCUCAGUCUUGCAGAGGGUGGUGACACAGAGAUCUUGCGACAAGUUUUUGAGCAGCUGCUCAGUCCAGAGUACGCCGACAACCUUGGUUUCUCGGCAGAAGCAAAGAACGCCUGCGAGCUUGAGGCGGACCAGACGGUGGCCAGGUGCAUGUGGAAGUUAGCUUACUCAACCGUUGGUUCCUGCGCGUGCACAGAUUGUUUUUUCCAAGUCCCUCCGCAAAAGUUCUUGGGCUUGGCAGCCCUGGAUGCCGAGCAGAUGCAGUCCACCAUGACAGUCUUGAAGCAGUUUUGGGAAGCUUUGCAACAGCUAGAAGCACGUGCUCUAGAUGACAUGGCUGCCAAGCGUUUCAUCGAGAACCUGUUGUGGCCGUCACAGCAGUGGUCGCGGGAAGUUUUUGUACAACUGCUGGAGAAGGAUUUCCUUGCAGCAAACGAUGACAUCCAGUGCGAGGUGGAGGCGUACAGCAAAGGGCAUUGGUCUACAUUGCUCAUUGAGAACUUGGGCAACAGAUGCAGGAAAGUCAGCAAAGGGGAAACUCCCUCUGGUUCCUUGGGACCGAAAAGCAUCUGGCACGAGUGCGUUUUAGGGAGCACGACGUGUGAAGAUCAUGAUCGCAAGGCUGUCGCAGUGAGCACUGCUGCGCGAGUAGCUGCUUCCGGAAAGUUGCCUUUGCCUGUUUUCCAAGACAAAGAUUCUGAAUGCAGCCUCAGUUCCGAAGAUCUUCGCAAACUCACUGCUUCCCCGGCCACUUGGCCGACACCCAACCCUGCGAACCUGAAGCUUAGCAGCUUGGCUUCGUUGUUGCUGAAAGAGACGGGUGGUGAUUGGUCACGGAUUUCCAAGGCAUGGAAAUCGUUGCUGUUAAUACCUGGGACUCUCGUCAAGAAGGUUGCAGACCCGAGAACAUCACUAGUCUUACUGUGUAGCUGCUUUGGGGCCUUGGUUUGGGAUGUUUCCAUGAAAAAAGAAGGAAGGCGUCACGUUCUUCAUUUUGGAGACACAGGCCAGCAAUCAUUGAAGUUUGUUUUCGUGGAAGAUGAGAUGUCUUGGAGCGCGGUUCCCUUGAAGGUCCUCACACCAUGUUCUUCAACAGUCAACAGCGACACAAUCGACCUUGGCAAACUGGCGGUUGGCCCAGCGCAGCAGAAGUCGGUGAAGUUGUUGCUGCACAACGCAAGUCGUGGAUUUCCGAAUUUGCGUGUUGAAGAGCUCCGAAAACUGCACACGAGCCUCGGCGUGCCUUUUGAGAAAGGGCACAAACCACGAACAGAAGUGCAGCUUGUCACGGCUUUGCUACAGCACGUGCAGCCAGGCAUCACGUCUGACGAGCUGGAGAGUGCAUUGCUCGGCAGGGGCAAACAGCAGACUCCUCAAGAGUUUGUGAAGGCUUCGCCGGUUAUGCAGAACGAAGAUCUCUUCGACAUAGCUCUGGAAGACGAAGAUAGUGAUUUGCAAGAGGAGCUGCGGAAGCUCAAGCAACAGGCGCUGAAGCAGCAAGAAGCAUCGCUUCGGAAGCGAGCAGAACUGCGAUCCCAGCUCAGCCCUGAUUCCAGUCGUGGCUCCAGCAGUGCUUCGGCCAUGCCGCCGGGGCAGCCACAACGGCCGCGGCAAAAUGCUGCGGUGCAUUCAGGCCGCUAUGAUGUUGAAAGUGCUCGCAAGUGGGCGCCGCCUCAGUGCACCCUUACGAAAGAGAUGAACUGGCACACUCGUUGGCGCGUCGAAGCUCCAUAUCUCGGUGGCAUCAAAAGCAAAAGCUUUAAGAAAGACGGGCCUAUCAAGGAUUGGGAUGCUUUGGUCUGGGUGCUCACUUUAGCCUGGAGGGGGUACACAGAAACCAGUGGCGAAAGCUGCCCCUGGACGUUUGAAGCCAGUCAGGUUGUGUGA